UAGGAAGCGUGACAGAUGUUUGUUGACAGUCGAUGGAGGUCUGGGAACAGCUGAGCUCUGAGCACGUGGUCACGUGCAUUCCACCAAAACAUGGCGGGCAAAGGGAUUGAGAGCUUGCCGUUAGACAUWGAAAACCGAUCGAAUUCUCCCAAUGGAGAUAGCUCUGGAAGCACAGGAAGCAUCGAGGAAGAGACACCUCUGCCUCCACCCUCGCCAAUGAAACCAAAGUCUAGCAAUGUAAUGGUAUUCACCAGAAGCAACAAAACUGUUUACACUGCAGGCAGACCCCCUUGGUAUAAUUCACAAGGUCAGCUCAAGGAAGCAUUUGUAAUAGGUCUUUGCGGCGGCAGUGCUUCAGGUAAAACGACAGUUGCAACUAAGAUUAUAGAAGCCCUUGACGUACCAUGGGUUAGCAUGUUAUCAUUGGAUUCCUUUUACAAGGUCUUGACAAAGGAACAGCAUGAGUUAGCGAAUAAGAAUGAAUACAACUUUGAUCAUCCUGAUGCCUUUGAUGCGGCUCUCUGUGCUAAAAUUUUAAAAAGAUUAAAGAAAGGGAAAAGUGUCCAGAUUCCAGUCUAUGAUUUCAAAACACACAGUAGAACAGCAGAGAGGAAAGAUGUGUAUGGAGCUAAUGUGAUCAUUUUUGAAGGAAUCAUGGCUUUUGCGUAUAAAGAUCUUAGAGAUUUAAUGGAUAUGAAAGUAUUUGUUGAUACUGAUCCUGAUAUCCGACUAGCAAGACGAUUAAAAAGAGACAUCACUGAAAGAAAUCGUGAACUGUCUGGUGUGCUUCAACAGUAUAGCAAGUUUGUUAAACCUGCAUUUGACCAGCACAUUGCACCUACUGUAAAUUAUGCUGACAUAGUUGUACCAAGAGGGGGUGAAAAUGAUGUUGCUAUUGAUCUUAUUGUAAGACACGUGAAGACACAACUUGAGCAGAGGGGAUUCAAUUUCAGAUCUCGAUUAGUAUCUGCGCAUCAUGGUCAGCCGUUACCAAGUAGUUUAAAUCUAGUAGAAAAUACACCACAAGUCAAAGGAAUUCACACAAUUAUCAGGGACCAUAAAACAAGUCGAGAUGACUUUAUAUUCUACUCCAAGAGAUUGAUGAGAAUUCUCAUCGAACAUGCUUUGUCCUUACUGCCAUUCAAGUCAUUAACUGUCACAACUCAAGGAGGCAAUUCGUACAACGGGGAGAAAUUCGCAGGCAAAAGGCUGUGUGGAGUGUCAAUUUUACGAGCUGGAGAAACACUAGAGCCUGCCCUUGAAUCAGUUUGUAAAGAAAUACGAAUCGGCAAGAUACUGAUACAAACCAACUAUGAAACCGAUGAACCAGAGCUUCAUUAUCUUAGACUUCCUCAAGAUAUCAGUGAAGAUCACGUGAUUCUAAUGGACGCGACGAUCGCAACUGGAGCUGCAGCGCUGAUGGCAAUACGAGUUUUAUUGGAUCACGAAGUCAAAGAAGAAAACAUUCUUUUUGUAUCUCUUAUAGCAGCCGAAUCAGGCGUGCACACCAUCGCUUAUGCGUAUCCUAAAGUUAAGAUAAUCACUACUGCUGUCGAUCCUGAAGUCAAUUCCAACUACCACAUCAUUCCUGGCAUCGGUAACUUUGGUGAUCGUUACUUUGGAACUGAAUAUUAGCAGAAGCUUCAGUGAUUGACACCUGACCCAUCGUUCCCGUUCGCAGAAAAACGUCGAGUUUUGCCCUUGCUUUAUUUCUAUACUAUGUGUAUAUAGCAGAUCAAAAGAACUAUUUUAAAAGAGUCUUUGUAAAAGACAUAUUUGUAUAUUGAAGAAGAUAAUAAAAUGCAAAAGAUCAGAACAUA